UUUAUUUGCAGACAUGAAUUAUCAAUUAUGCAUAGAAACCAUACAAUAGAGAAACUAGUAAACCUAUUUACUGUGCUGGUGCCCGUGCCACAUUAGUUUGCUAUUUGCGGCUAGCUAAUAAUGUUGCAAUAAAACGCUAGCAUAACAUGGAUCCUCUCCCCUCUGCUUUGCGCUCAUUGUCUGCAUGUCUGUCUACACCCCACCACAGGCCUGAAUCACAUGGGGAUGAACUGGAUGUGCCAUGCAGAGAAGACACAGCAGUAACACGGAUGGCAUGCCCUCUGAAAGGUUUGAUCCCACAUUCUAGGACACGGGCCUCUCGGGCAGGUUCCUCGUAACCUGAAAUUGUGUACUCCAAAGAGGAUUCAGUUUGUAGAUAAAACAUGCUAACUUCAGGAGGCAAGUCCAUUGAAAGGCAAUGCAAGAAAUAGACAAUAGACGACAGUCUCUGAACCGUCAAAAGAUGCAGCUCAUCCUGUCUCUGCUCUCCAGGAGUCGUAGCCAAACCCUGGGCUCAGACAGCAGCCUGGACGAAGGAGGUGUGUUCGACUGCCUGAAACCUGACUCACCAACCUCCCCCCAGCAGCUUUUUUCUGGACUGGUUGGGGUCGGAGUUCCCUCAAGCUCUGGUGUGCCCUCGGCUAACUUCCAAACAGGUGGCUUGGUUCUGGGGACUCCCCCGGACGUCUUCAUCCAGAUGACCGCCUCCUCCAGAGAGGAGGGGGGGGCACAUCGCUCGGAGGGUGGGCCCUACCUCCCCUGCCCACCCCCUCACCAUCAUCACCAUCACUUCCACCAGCCACUCCAGCACCGUAGCUCCCUCCUGCACUCCGCUGCGGGGGCUGGAGAGAGGCACGGCAACCGGGAGGAGGCCUCGGAUGACCCCUCUACACCUGCACCAGCCCUGUCGGAGCUGAAGUCUGUGGUCACCUGGCUGCAGAGAGGGUUCCCAUUCAUCCUGAUUCUCCUAGCUAAAGUGUGUUUUCAGCACAAGUUGGGCAUUGGGGUGUGUGUCGGGAUGGCCAGCACAUUUGCCUUUGCCAAUUCAACAUUCAAGCACCAGGUGUCACUACGGGAGGAUAGGUCUGUGGUUGUAGCUCUGUGGAUGAUCCUGUUCCUCUCCGGAAACAUAAUAUACCUCUACUAUACAUUUAGUGCUGAGGAGCUGUACAACAGCUUGGUGUUUGCAAAGCCCCACAUCAACAGCUAUGACUUCUUUGACCUGAUCUGGGUGGUGGGGAUCACUGAUUUUGUUCUCAAGUACUGCACCAUCGGCCUGAAAUGCCUCAUCCUGUUUCUGCCCAAGAUUUUCCUGGCCUUCAAAUCUAGAGGGAAGUAUUACUUGGUGAUUGAGGAGCUGAGUCAGCUAUUCAGGGCGCUUGUUCCCAUCCAGCUGUGGUACAAGUACAUCAUGGGAGAGGACCCGUCCACCAGCUACUUCCUAGGAGCCAUACUCAUCAUCAUCUACAGCCUCUGCAAGUCGUUUGACCUCUGCGGACGAGUGUCAGCCAUUCGCAAGGCCAUAGCGAUCCUCUGUAGCGCUCAGAGCUACGGUGUGAGAGCCAGCAGCCAGCAAUGCAGUGAGGCAGGAGAUGUGUGUGCCAUUUGUCAGAGUGACUUCAGAGACCCCAUUGCACUUCUCUGUCAGCAUGUUUUCUGUGAAGAGUGCCUGUGUUUGUGGUUUGACCGUGAGAGAACGUGCCCCUUGUGUCGCACGGCGGUCAUAGAGACCCUGCGCUGUUGGAAGGACGGCACGACCUCUGGCCACUUCCAGAUCUACUAGAUUUGAUGCCUACCAUGCACCGGACGUCACCCGGGAGGACCAACUCAUUAGAUUGAAUAUGCCUUCUGUAGAUUGUCAGUGACCAUCUAUUUCACACUUAAUCCAUAUCGCCUCACUUCUCCAUGAAGCCUUGUGAUAUGAAGAAGGUUCAAUUCAAGUACGUUUUGUACCUCAAUGUUCAUUUUGCCGCAGUGUUUUGUAGUAUUGAUCAUAAUGUACAGGCUUCCUAUUUCAGUAAUGAUGUUGAAUGUUUGCUUCUUUAUGUUCUAGUCUGAAGCCCUUACUCCUACAGCAGUGUUACAAUGAAAUAAUCUAUCAACAUGUUCUAAAAAGUAGCAUGUUGUGUUGCUUUCACUGUGUUGUACACAUUACUUCUGUAUACCUUUUCUCUCAAACGCAGAUGAUGGCAUAAAAACAUUUUAUUUUUUAAAUCCGUAUUGUAUAAACCUUAAGUGAUAACAGGAUUCACAAUGUAAUAAAUAUUACUUAGCAUGUAAAGAACACAUUCUUUAUAAUACACAUUCAGCACUGCAAUUGAACUACAGUUUGUGCGAUGUAUAAAACAGCUUAUGUACGGUAAACGUGAAUCGCUACCCUUU